GACGCGACCAAAGCGACAGUUGGCAUUUAAAUUUGGUUUAAGCGCACACAUGCAGGCACAACACACACACACACUGGCAUACUCGCACACACACCAAACAGACGCUGUCGGCGACCUCGGAGGCGAAGAAGAAGCAGUAGAGUUUAACACGAACUUACGAACUUGCAAACUCCAAAACGUUUGCAGUUCCACAAAAAAUCGUUGAGCAGCAUUUGGUUGCCAUCAAGUGCUCCUUGCUCUCGGUUGUCAGUGCCCCCAAACUCCCCGCAUCGAGUUCAUUUAGAGUUAUUAAUUUUCGUUUUGCAUCUACCAAACAGUUUUGACACUGUCUACGUCUAACGGGACUAGCGAGCACCAGAAAGCAGUGCGAACCAGAGAGGAAAGGACUACACAUAACCACAAAUUGCACACAACGCAGCAGCGACCUUAGGCAGUCCAGGUCCAGAAUCGAGAUGGACAUGAUUACGGUGGGGCAGAGUGUGAAGAUCAAGCGCACCGAUGGCCGCGUCCACAUGGCCGUGGUGGCGGUGAUUAACCAGCCGGGCAAAUGCAUCACAGUCGAAUGGUACGAGCGCGGCGAGACCAAAGGCAAAGAGGUGGAAUUGGACGCCAUAUUGUCUCUGAAUCCGGAGCUAACCGCCGAUGCUGUGGAGCAACAUGCCGCUCCCGAGCCGAAGAAGCAGGCCACCGCACCGAUGAAUCUAUCGCGCAACCCCACGCAGUCCGCCAUCGGCGGUAACAUCACCAAUCGCAUGACAUUGGUCGGCACCACCCAUAUGAACAAAAUCCAAGAGGCCUCGAUCCCGCAUCCGCUGGGCAACAGCCAGUCCACCAACACGAUCAACAAUACAAAUAGCAACAUAGCACCUCAGGCAACGGGAACGGGCCUGCAGCGACCCCGUUUCGUGCAGUCCACCAGCACGGCCGCCGGCGGCCAGCAGACGCGCAUCGCCUCUGCCGCUUCCAAUAGCACAAUCAAUCCCGGCUCUACAGCCGCUGCUUCUGCUACUUCAUUAUCACAGGCCCAGACCCCAUCGCAGGCGAGCAACACGACAUCGCAGGGAGGUGCUGGUGGAUCGCGACGCUCGCACGCUCUUAAGGAGGUGGAACGGCUUAAGGAGAACCGCGAGAAGCGGCGCGCCCGCCAGGCCGAGAUGAGGGAGGAGAAGGUGGCGGCAAUGAACCAAGAUCCAGGCAAUCCCAACUGGGAGACGGCGCAGAUGAUACGAGAGUACCAGAGCACUAUGGAGUUUGUGCCGCUGCUGGACGGACAGUCCGUGGAUGAUCAUCAGAUUACGGUCUGUGUGCGCAAGCGUCCCAUCAGCCGUAAGGAGAUAAAUCGUAAGGAGAUCGACGUCAUCUCGGUGCCGCGCAAGGACGUGCUUAUCCUGCACGAGCCACGCUCCAAGGUGGACCUCACCAAGUUCCUUGAGAAUCACAAGUUUCGCUUCGACUACGCCUUCAACGACACAUGCGACAACGCCAUGGUGUACAAAUUCACAGCGAAGCCGUUGGUCAAGACCAUCUUCGAGGGUGGCAUGGCCACUUGCUUCGCCUAUGGCCAGACUGGCUCUGGUAAAACGCACACCAUGGGCGGCGAGUUCAACGGCAAGAUCCAAAACUGUAAGAAUGGCAUUUAUGCCAUGGCCGCUAAGGACGUAUUUGUCACCCUGAAUACGCCCCGUUAUCGAUCAAUGAACCUGGUCGUCUCGGCCAGCUUCUUUGAGAUAUACAGCGGCAAGGUGUUUGAUCUCUUGGCGGAGAAACAGAAACUGCGCGUCCUGGAGGACGGCAAACAGCAGGUUCAGGUGGUGGGCCUCACCGAGAAGGUGGUGGACAGCGUCGAGGAGGUGCUGAAGCUAAUCCAGCAUGGCAACACAGCCCGUACAUCUGGCCAGACGUCGGCCAACGCAAACUCAUCGCGUUCGCAUGCCGUCUUUCAGAUUGUGCUCCGGCCCAUGGGCUCCACCAAGAUCCAUGGGAAGUUCUCGUUUAUCGAUUUGGCAGGCAACGAGCGUGGCGUGGACACAUCAUCGGCCGACCGACAGACGCGCCUGGAGGGCGCCGAAAUCAACAAAUCACUUUUGGCACUUAAGGAGUGCAUCCGAGCGCUGGGGAAGCAGUCUGCCCAUCUUCCCUUCCGUGUCUCGAAGCUAACGCAGGUCUUGCGCGACUCGUUCAUUGGCGAAAACAGCAAGACCUGCAUGAUUGCUAUGAUUUCGCCAGGUCUGAGUUCGUGCGAGCACACGCUCAACACACUGCGUUACGCGGAUCGAGUGAAGGAGCUGGUGGUCAAGGAUGUGGCCGAAAUCGGUGGACCGGUCGGUGACACUUCUGAGGUGGUCGAAAUCAUGGACGAUGAGGAGGAGGAGGAGGAGGAACUCAAAUACCAGGCGCAUCCGCACUCGCACCAGCAUCCGCAGGCCUCACAGUCCCUGCGCCACUCGACCGCGGGUCUCAACAAUAACAACAACAAUAAUAAUAAGAACGGAAAUGCUAGAAACAUGGACCUGGCCAUGCUGAGUUCGCUGAGCGAACACGACAUGUCCGACGAGCUUAUUGUGCAGCACCAGGCCAUUGACGACCUGCAACAGACGGAGGAAAUGGUGGUGGAGUAUCAUCGGACCGUGAACGCCAAUCUUGAGACCUUUUUGUCCGAAUCGAAGGCCCUGUACAACCUAACCAACUAUGUGGACUACGAUCAGGAUGCAUACUGCAAGCGCGGCGAAUCGAUGUUUUCCCAGCUGCUAGACAUUGCCAUCCAGUGCCGGGACAUGAUGGCCGAGUAUCGGGCUAAGCUGGCGAAGGAGGAGAUGCUCUCCUGCAAAUUGAAUCCGAAUAGCAAGCGUUAGUGGUGAUGAAUCCAUCCCCCUCCCGCAUUCCAACCGAAUCAAAAUUCUCACCCACACCAAUCCAUAUCCACACAAAUUCCGGCUCAUUCACAACUCGUACACUCUCUGGCUUCUCAUUUCUAUAUAUUUUUUAACGGCACUGUUACACUGUUUGUAUUCGAUAUUCGUAAAUGAUUCAAGGCCCAGGCAGGCCGCACGCUACCUUCCAUCUGCGUAUUUCGAUGCCUCAGAUUAAAAAUUUAUUGGGUGGAACAGCCACUGACAGUGAGAGCCAGAAAGACGAGAGUCUCUUCAACACGCACUCACACACGCACGCACACCCAGAUAACGGAUAACGGAAUGUAAAUCAGAGAAUAAAGGACUGUCCUGGGCCCUUUCCACCAAUUCUUCGUAGUCUAGCCUCAUUCUUUCUAGCCGAUUUGAACGCUAGGGGUUCAAAAUAAAUAAAGACUUGCCGGAGGGACUUCCCUUCUAUUAAGUUUUUAAACUAAUUCGUAAUCGCAGAAGGCAUGUCAGUUGUAUACUCUAGAAACUAGGCACGAGAAGAGAUUAACCAUAAUUUACACACAACGAACACAGCUACAUGAAACGUAAAACAACAACCCACAUAAGAAACACUAAAAGGUUCCCCUCUCGGAUUACUAUUACCACUAUGAUUUCAACGGAAUCAUACUUUUGUAAAAGAAAAAGACAUUUACUAUAUUUUAAUUACCACUUACAUGCAUAUGCAUACGUUUUACGCUCUACUAUUAUGCAUAAUAGAAGAUUCCAUUUAACAUAUAUAUAGUUACCACCCAGAUAGUCUUGAGUGCGACAUUGCUCCCUUGAUGAAACUUCCCGCAACAAACCCACAAGUAAUGAGAUUUCACUAGGGCAAGUUGAUGGCGCAUUGUAUUUAUUGAAAGGCCACAAAACUGUAUUUAAUUUGUAUUAAUUUAAUUAAAUAAAAAAAUUAUAACUGCACCAAAUCCACAUACUAUUCCCCCCGUAACUAUGAAGCAAACCAUGUGGCCCGAGCGUGUUUUUUUGUUUUUUUUUUUUUUUUUGAUUGCAUUGCGUUGUGCUUGUUUUUAGAUAUUUGUAAUUUGUAAUCCUCACUUUACCCCCGGUUCUCUCUAUACUCUGAUCUUGUAAUACCUAUAAUUUAUGUACUUUGUAUUUUUUUUUCCGUCAUUUUAAGCGACUUUUUUGGGGGGCGUGAAGAUGAAUUUAAAAUGCAAACAGUCUUUAUAUGAUUUGCAUUUCAUUUUGUACUAAUAUUUAUUUUAUAUAUAUAUAUAUAUAUCUAUUUAAUUAUGUAUGUUUACAUGACUAAAACCAGUAUCGAAGGCAAAUCGAAACGAAACUUAACCAAAUCACAGAUUUCCACCCACACACACACUGCUCUUGUACCACACUUAUACCGAGCCGAGGGAGCAUAGUAACCUAGCCUAGCCUAAAACGAAACCUAAACGAAAUCGAACCGAAAUGAAGUAAAUGAAAUGAAAUGCAGAAAUUAAAACGAACUCUCCAUACACACACGCGUGCUUCUCCCAAGGCAUAUUUAUGCAAUCCAGGCGUCUAAUUAUUCUGUUAUUGCCUUUCUCCAGAGCACUUUAAAUAUAAAUAUAUAUUAUAAACAACCCCCUUCCCCGAACGGUAACAAUUUUUUAAUCCACCAAAUGCGAGUUUUUAAAACAAUGUUAAUAUGGACAACAAAAACACAAAACACAAAACUGAAUACGAGUGCUUCGAUAUUAUGCGGUAUAAAAGAAGUGUUAGGACUUGGACUCUAAUAAUGUAUUAUUAAAUAUAAAUAAUAAUUUAUAUUGUAAUAAAAGUGAACAUACACAACUAAAUUUAACAUUAAAGAUGUGUAAACGAAAAACAAAA